GACGCGCCCGGGCUCCAGGGCCCCGCGAACCGUCAUGACCUCGACGUUGCGAUCCCUGGCAGUUCGGCGGGGGCCGCAUCGGGCUGGGUCUCCCGGAUCCCGCCAGGGGAUUGGAGUCUUGUAGCAGGACGAGCGGCAGACAAAUCUCCUCAGACAGCGAGUUAUAGAAGGAAGGGGUUAAUUCGGCCGGGGGCAUAGGGAAGACUUCAGUCUCAAGAGCCGGGCUCCGGAGUGAGCAAUUCCGGUCCCUUUUAAGGGCUCACACCUCUAAGGGGGUGCGUGUGAGAGGGUCGGGACUGAUUGAGGAGGCAGGGGGUACAUGACUGGGGGCUGCGGUGCACCGGUAAUUAGAUCGGAAGAAAAUAAGUGCUGUCUUUUAGGGGCUCCCCUGAGUAGUGCUGUGGUGCAGCAUCGUCCUUUUUGGUGCCAAUGUAUCAUCUGACCCUCUGUGAACCACGGUCCCUGGGAAGGCAGCCAGACGACGGCAGCAGCUCGUCCCUCAAGGCCCAGAGCUUUCACGGGACUUCCUCUGGCCCCUGAUCCCCCAGCCUGUGCCCAGCUCUGGGCAACCUCAGAGGCCCCAGGCCCAGGCUGGCUGGUGCAGCCCAGCAGCCAUGUCAGAACCGGCCGACAGUGGCCCCUCAGGGGCAUCGGGCCCUUCCCAGCUGAGCGCCAUGACUCUGGAAGACCUGGGGCUCCUCCUGGCAGGAGACCUGACCAGCCCCGAGACCUUGAGCCUGGAGGAACUCUCGGAGAGGUAUGAGUCCAGCCACCCGCCAUCCACGGCCUCUGUCCCUGAGCAGGACACCGCCAAACGCUGGAACCAGCUGGAGCAGUGGGUGGUGGAGCUGCAGGCCGAGGUGGCGUGCCUGCGGGAGCACAAGCAGCGCUGUGAGCGCACCACACGGAGCCUGCUGCGGGAGCUGCUCCAGGUGCGGGCUCGCGUGCAGCUACAGGGCUCAGAGCGGAGGCAGCUGCAGCAGGAGGUGCGGCCGGCAGCCCAGGCCCCUGAGAAGGAGGCACCCGAGUUCUCUGGUCUCCAGAACCAGAUGCAGGCCCUGGACAAAAGGCUGGUGGAGGUCCGGGAAGCCUUGGCUCAGCUCCGGAGGAGGCAGGCGCAGCAGGAGGCGGAGAGAAGGGGCGCCGAGCAGGAGGCCGGCCUCAGGCUGGCCAAGCUGACCGACUUGCUGCAGCAGGAGGAGCAGGGCCGGGAGGUGGCCUGUGGCGCCCUGCAGAAGAACCAGGAGGACAGCAGCCGGAGAGUGGACCUGGAGGUGGCCAGGAUGCAGGCCCAGGUGACCAAGCUCGGCGAAGAGGUGAGCCUGCGCUUCCUGAAGAGGGAGGCCAAGCUGUGCGGCUUCCUGCAGAAGAGCUUCCUGGCCCUGGAGAAGGUGGGAGUCUGCCUGCGGCCGGCCUGCCCCGCCCCACUUUCCAGACGCAGACCUGCGGCUGACCGUGGGGUCUCGCCACAGAGAAUGAAGGCCUCAGAGAGCUCGCGGCUGAGGCUGGAGGGCAGCCUGCGGGGCGAACUGGAGAGCCGGUGGGAGAAGCUUCGGGGGCUGAUGGAGGAGCGCCUGCGGGCCCUGCAGGGGCAGCAUGAGGAGAGCCACCUCCUGGAGCAGUGCCAGGGCCUGGAUGCCGCCGUGGCCCAGCUGACCAAGUUCGUGCAGCAGAACCAGGCAUCGCUGAACCGCGUCCUGCUGGCCGAGGCGAAGGCCUGGGAUGCCAAGGGGCGCCUGGAGGAGAGCCGGGCCGGGGAGCUGGCUGCCUACGUGCAGGAGAGCCUGGAGGCCGCACAGCUGGCCCGCGCGCUGGCCCGGCAGGAGAUGCAUGGCGAGCUGGUGCUGCUCCGAGAGAAAAACCGGGCUCUGGAGGCAUCGGUGGCGCAGCUGGCCGGGCAGUUAAAGGAGCUGAGUGGCCGCCUCCCGGCUCUGAGCAGCCGGCUGGAUCUGCAGGAGCAGACGCUGGGCCUCAGGCUGUCUGAGGUGCGCCAGGCAGCGGAGGGCAGGCAGGGCUACGGGGAGUCCCCACCCCGCCGGCUCUCAGCCCACCACUGUCCCCAGGGGAGAGGCUGGACAGGCCAGUCCCAAGCCUCCCAUCACCCAGCGACUGUCCCCAGGGCCCAGGAGACCCCGAGCUCCAGAGACUCCUGUGUGGGGUGGGACGGCCGCUGGGCAGCCUCGGCCCACGGCGCAGCCAUGCAGGCAGUCACAGAGAGGCAGACAAGCAGCCUCCACCCCUCCUGCUCUUGUUCACUUUGUACCAGCUCUAUUGAAACGGACUCACUCCCCACACGGUUCACCCGUGAACAGGCAAAGACCGAAUGGGAAGGUGCAGAGAGGAAGUCUCUGGAGGACCUGGCCAGGUGGCAGAAGGAGGUCGCCGCGCACCUGCGGGGGGUGCGGGAGAAGGUGGAUGGCCUCCCCCAGCAGAUAGAGGGCGUCUCGGACAAGUGCCUUCUCCACAAGAGUGAUUCGGACCUCAGGAUUUCCGCCGAAGGCAAGGCCAGGGAGUUCGAGGUUGGGGCCCUGCGGCAGGAGCUGGCCACGCUGCUGUCGUCCGUGCAGCUGCUGAAGGAAGACAGCCCUGGGCGGAAGAUCGCGGAGAUGCAGGGCAAGCUGGCCACGUUUCAGAACCAAAUAAUGAAGCUGGAAAACUGCGUCCAGGCCAGCAAGACCAUCCAGAACCUCAGGUUCAACACUGAGGCCCGGCUGCGCACACAGGAGAUGGCCGCCCUGCGGGAGAGCGUGCUGCAGCUGCGCAGUGAGGGGGGCCUGCAGACGCCACUGGACAGCUGGAAGCUGCUCCCGUCCCUGGCGAGGCUGCGGGUCUUCAUCAAGGACACGGCGCCAAACGAGGUGGUACCCGUGAACUGCUGGGGCGUGUACCAGGCGGUGAGGUGGCUGCAGUGGAAGGCGUCCCUCAUAAAGCUCAGGGCCCCGCGGAGGCCAGGAGGGGUCCCAGAGAAGCCCCACAGGCAGGAGCAGGUGCAGCAGCUCACACCCUCGCUCUUUAUCCAGAAAUAAACGAACCAGCCUUGUACUCAUUAGAGCUGAGGUUCCCUGAUGCGUGCCAGCGAACAGCCUCCUCAGGGCCUGUGGGGUGAGAGGGGUGGCGAGGCCCCCGGCAGCGGGGGUGCCCAAGGCUGGAGAGAGCCAGACUCUUGAGCCCCACAACUCUUCCUGUCCUGCCCAAGCCCAGCCUGGCUUCAGGCUGUUGCUUUUCCUAGCACUUCAGCAGCCCCUCUCCUUCCCUGCCAGGCCCCCUAGGGCUGCCAGAGCCCCCCGGGGUGGAAGGGGCUGGGCUGGGGUCUGCCCAGAAGCACCUAGGCCUGCCCCCGCCAGGACCCCCAGUGAGCCGCCCUGCCCAGGUUGUGAGGAGGACCUGGGGACGCUCCCUGGCCUGGGGCUCUCUGGCUCUGCCUCAGAGCCACUCCAGCCCAGCACCCUGCAGUGGAAGAACCUUCCAGCAUCUGUGGAGGAGACAGCCCUUGUUUGUGCUCUCCGUCGGGCAGUGGGCCCCUCUUCCUGCCUUUCCAAGGAGGCCGUCGCUCAUCUUGCGGUCGCCGGCCCUGCCACCUGCUGCCGGGGG